AUGCUUCGCAGUGGCAAUACGACGACUAUUUUGUGCGAGGAACAAUCGAAGUUCAUACUCGAUCGUAUUGGCUCUGUGGAGAAACAUUUUAGCGAGCUGUGUGGGGCCUUUUCGGAGUACACGCGAAAGGUGGCCAGAUUGCGCGACAAGUCCGACGAACUAGCCCAUGCAACACAGGAUUAUUGCGAUGCGGAAAAGUACAACCGAACACUGGCGAACGCGCUUUCGAGUCUGGCCAAGGCGGUUACGCUGAUCGGAGAUUUCCAGGAUACCGGUGUCAAGCGGCUGGAGACAAAAAUUGUCGCCGAACUGUCGCAGUACGAGUCGGUGUGUAAGCACUGCAAGGAGGGCGUAAAGGAGGCUUUGCUGGCGCGGGACAAGGAUUUGGCCAAGCGAAAGCAGCUGGAGCAGAACAAAGCUCGCAACGGGCGCUACAAGCGUAACACGAACGACACCGAAAUGAUCAAAUCUAAUUUGGAGGUCGCUAAAUCGCUAAAGGAUAUCGAGCAGCUUGUCGAACGAUUCGAAAAACAGAAAUUACGUGAUAUUAAGGACUUGCUGCAGAGUUUUGUACUAAUUGAGCUGAAAAUGCACGCGCAGGCGAUGGAAGUGCUGUCGGCUACUUAUCAGGAUAUUAGUGACAUUGACGAAUGCAAGGAUCAUCAGGGAAUACACAAGGAAUUAAAACGCCAAAACAGGCAAUUUAAAAAAUACCUGCAGCAGGAUACCAUACCCGACCGUUACUUCCUACAGCGGAUAAAGUCGCAAUCGAUGGGCGCCCUUAAUGCUACAUUUGCCGGGUUUUCUGGUGGACGUAAAAACAAAAGUCUCAGCUCGAACUCCCUCAACUCGUCGCAGGAACAGGAACAGGAAGAAGCUCCCGGGACAUUAGCGGGGGUUGUCGAGCAGCAACGUGUGCAAAGACAUCCUACAAGUAGACGUUCGAACAAGACUUCGGUGCAACAAUCCGUCGAGUCAUUGGAUUCAUUGAAACAUGACACUUCCACUGAAUCAAAAUCGUCGUCAGAAGAAGAUGAUAGUGAGGACAGUGAGACGGUGACGGACGAAAACUCCGAACUUGCGAUCAAACCGAUGCGACCAACAGUUGUUGCGGAACCGGCGAAAAAAAGCCAGGUCGAUUCCACGUUCAAAAUUAUCAAACUAAAAGAUUUCAAUCCAUAGUGCCGCCGAAUGACUAAGAUAGAGUUUUGUAUUUGACUUUUAAUUUCA